CUACCACUCACGCAUCGGCGAUUUCUUCGCAGACCUCGACUGCGAGUACUACCUUGUGCCUCCGUCCACGAUUGAAACGGCACCCCUGGCCAAACCGCCCUCGGAGUCGUCCGUCUCUUCGACCACGGACUCGACAGCGACGAACCCGUUGUCGCCCAUAUUCCCCCGCUCGAACUCGUACUCGAGCUUACACCCAAUUACUGCUGGUGCCUCAAACCUAAACCCUUAUAAGCCCUUGCGACCCCGUCCACGUUCCAUCAGGCCAUGUGUCCCCGCCUUAACACCAACGGGCUUCGCCCAGUUCUUCACCAAAUGCCUCCUCGCGCACCCGGACGAGGAAGCGAAGCGCAUGAACAAAAUCGCCAGCGAGCUAGCUCUGGUUGCAGACGUGGGUCCAAGUAAUUUCAUGUUCACUUCUUCUGGUAGUAGUACCCCAAAUACACCCCUCAGUCCCCUCAUCUCCGCAUCGAUUCUGCAGAACCCACUGGCGUCCCCCACGGGCCUUAUCCCUGGAGCCAGUGUAAGCCGAGGCGAAAAGCUCCCACGACAAUUUGUCCGCAGCCUCCUCCCAGUGAAAUCAGACGCGAAGUCGCGAAAAAUCCUCGCUGCUGCUGUGGAAGAUCUCUUGUGCGAUUUGAACCUUCCCGCCUCCUCUUCUGCCGUUACUUCUACUUCUGCUUCUCGUUCCCUUGUAUCAGUUGCGACGGUGCCCUUGGCGGCGACAUCGGCAUUCCAUUUGGCGGAGCAAAAUCGUCGAUGGUCUGUUGCCAAUGUCUCGACGAACUCAAGCCUGAGCUUCACCCCGAACUCGGGGUGGAACAGCAACGUCCCGCACUUGCCGCCGCCUCCUGUGCCUUUGCCUCGCAACGGUAUCAAUGAUAUCAUCAAGGCUGGAGGCAUUGAACUGCCCGUGGGCGGCAAGAAUAGUGGCGGCUCAUCGACGCCGAAACCACUUCCACCACCUUCAUCUGCGGGACCUUUGAUUAGGUCUCGGACAACUCCUACUCCUACCCCUCCUGUCACCAAAAAUGGCGGGGUAGACAGCCUGAGCUCCGACUCGGCGUCUAUGGCGCUCCUGGGACGCGGGUUGAACCGGCACAACAGCUACCGCCACUCAUACCACGAGCACAGACGCUACGGGCCGGCCGAAGUCGUCGUUCAGCCAUACAACAAACCACAACAGCAACAGCAGGUGAAACAAGGACCGUCGUCGUCAGCAGUGGCACUGCGAUCGAGGAAUCGCACAACGCAGUUCGAGCUCGGCGUCGCAGAUGAAGACGCCGACGACGGAGACUCCGCGAGCUCCGACACUAUUACGACCGUUGCCACCGUUACGCCGCGGCCCGACAGGGUCGAUAGGCGGAGUAGUUACCAUGGGCACGAGCACGAGCGCGAGCGCGAGCGCGACAGAGGGCGGGAGAGGCCUAGAGAAAAGGAGCGGUGGUGGGCGCCGUUUAGCCGUGAGAGGGAGCGCGAUAAAGAUCGGGACAGAGACCGCGAGCGCGAAAGGGACCGGGAUAGAGACCGAGAUAGAGACAGAGAUAGGGAAAGGGAUAGAGAAAGGGAUAGAGAAAGAGACAGAGAUCGCGAUCGCGACCGCGACCGCGACAGACGCGGCCCACCGACUCCCGCACCAACCCCAGCGCCGCGACGCUUCGCCGACCGACGACGCAGCACCGCGGGCGUCUUGCCCACAUUAUCUACCAUCAACCCAAGCAGCGCGACAUCAUCUAGUAACGCCAGAUCAGCACAAGCUGGGAACAGCAGUGGCAAUAGUAGCAGUAGCGGGAGCAGCGGCGGGGGCGGUAGUAUUAUUAAUUCUGGUGCUAAUCCUCCCGCGGACAAGAAUAGUAGCGGCGCCCUCGUUGUCGCGCAGCAGCAGCCUGACGAGCGCGGACCGACGUGGUCGGAAGUCAUUCGCGCGCAACAGCAGCAGGAGAAGUUGCAGGCGCAGCGGCGGUCAUGAUGACUGGUGUUACGGUUACUUAUUUACUUACUUACCGAGGUGAGGGGGGCGUUGGGUGUAAGCUGGGCACAGGCAGACGGGGGGGCAUUUUGUUAUUUCUUCUGAUAUGAGGCGUGAUGGGAUCCGCGAUUUGUGCGAUUUACGUUCUAUGGAGGGGUUAACUGUUGGUCUAGGUAGGGGAUACCUAGGAUGGAGGUUGGGACUGGACUGGAUCGGACUGGACGCAUUUCUGAGGUCAAGGCAAAAGUUGGAGAU